AACCGUCAAAACUCUAUGAAGAACAAGUACAUGCACGCGGUGAAUUCAACUAUAGAAAUGGAUGCUGCCGCAACCGACAAACAACCAAGCGCAGCUCAAAGCCCACUAAAUUGUGGCACAAAGAAGAAGAAGGUUUUAUCAGCGGCAUCUCGUGAGUCAAAAAUCAAAUAUGAUAAAAGACGGUCAGGGACCAGAUUAAGUGUCGGAUAUGCGUUGGAGGAAUGGAGGUUGCUUCAACUAGAUCUGGGACUGAAAAAAGAUGCGGACAUGGCUCAUUUCCUAGUGGCCAGCUACCGGAAGAAGCAACCUCCUGAAACUGGAACUCGGGGAUGUAAUCUGAAGAGAACCUCAACACCCCGCAAGCGAACAGCAGCUAAAAUUUCUCAUCGGUUAUCUCCAAUUAAACCAGUGUCUGAGUGUCAACCUUCUAGUUGUAUUGUGCAUGGCUGUGGCAAAAAGUCAGAGCCUUAUGUGAGAACCCUGCAUCAGUUUCCAGAAGAUUUGGAGACCGUAAAAGUGUGGAAAGAGUUUGUGCAGAAGACCACCACAGAAUGGGAUGGUCAGGUCUCUCCAUGGAAGAAGAUCUGUAGUGAGCAUUUCGAGCCAAGCUGUUAUGCAAAUCACGCGGCCUGGUUGAUGCGUUCCGUUCAGAAGUUGGAACUGAGAGAUGAGUUUCAAGUCCCAACAAUAUAUCCUACUGAGGAAACAUCUUCACAUGAUGCGGGAAGUUUGGAUCAACCACAGCAAGCUGCAGUUGGGGGGAUAGAGCCUACUCGGAUUCCAGAGUCUCCCAAUCAAAACACGAAAGUUGUAGAGGGAAAUGCGCAACAACCGACGACGCUUCAGCUGCCACCAGAGCUCCACCAAACACCCCUGUCUGUUCCAUCUUUCUGCGUAACCCCUUUGGUUCUAUAUACAGCACCAGCAACACCGUACCAAGUGCAACCUGGCCUCACAGGAAGUGUGAAUGUUGUUGGAGAAAAGUCAUGGAAAAGCAAAGGCUGUCAAACAGAAAGUGUUACAUUUGCUGAUGGAAAUUGCCACAUCAUAAAACCACGUCUGCCAAAAGCCGAAACAGCAGAGGACACAUACUCCAGAGACAGUGAUGUUUGUGAUGAAGACGAAGAUGUCAGCAGGAGGUUCAGAAUGUCUGAACUUUUUAUGGAGUGUGUGGAGGAGGAGCUGGAGCCGUGGCAGAAGCAAGUUCCUCGAGUUGACCUCAUAGAAGAUGACGAUGAUGAGCCCAUCUUUGUCGGAGUGCUCUCUGAUAUUAAAACUGAUGAGCCUGAUCCUGCACCUCAGAAUAAAAUGGUGGCAGUGACAGAUUUAAAAUCACCUCAGCCGGUUGUUGCACCUGCACCGAUGGUGAUGCCGAUGACUGUACCUGCGACUCAGGGGAAAACUGCACCCUCCAUCCUGACAACCGUAGCUCCACAGCCCGUCAUAGUUAAUAAUCAGGGCUUUAUCGUUGCUACGCCACAACUAGCAAACAGCACUGAAUUUUUAGCAACUCUCGGUGCUCAGUAUCCUCCUGGGACAUCAUUCACAAUUGUUCCAGCCCCUCAGCAGCAGCAGAUGUUUCAUCAUGUUCCUUCAGCCGCCCCAUUGCCGAGCGCUAUCCACAGGCCUCAGGUGCAACAGAUCAGAAACAACGUAGUGACUUUGUCUCAUGUCCAGAGUCCGGCUUUGUUUUCAACGCAAACAAGUCAGCAGCAGGCUAAACGCCCCAUCGCACAGUUGGUUAAAACCACAGCAGUGAAGCCUGCCACAGUGAAAGACAUCAAUAUCAAAGAUCAAAGCUUCGUCAGACAAGGAUUGCCAUCGAAGGAAGUUGAGCCUGUAGCCAAAAAAUCGAAGCUGGAUUCUGCGAAAGUAAUGGCAAGAACGGAUAAUGGCCUCAUAAAAUGUCCCAAAUGUCCAGAGGGUUUUUUUUCUCCGGAAGCCCAGAAGAUCCACAUAAUGAAUUGCCAUGGAAACGUGGAAAGUCAAACUCCAAAUUUAUGUGGAAACAAGCUCAUCAUGCGGGUCUCUGAUUUCUACUACGGCCGUUUCGAAGGGUUUGCGAAAACACAAGAAACCGAGAAGACCAGCGUGUCGUUUAAGUGCCAAAGCUGUUUAAAGAUUCUCAAAAACAAUAUCAGGUUCAUGAACCAUAUGAAGCACCACCUGGAGCUAGAGAAGCAGAACAGCGAGAGCUGGGAUAGCCACACAACCUGCCAGCACUGCUACCGACAGUAUCUGACACCGUUCCAGCUGCAGUGCCACAUCGAGAGUGCUCACAGCCCCAUCGAAUCCUCAACCAACUGUAAAAUCUGCGAGCUUGCGUUUGAGUCUGAGCAGGUGCUGCUGGAGCACAUGAAGGGGAAUCACAAACCUGGUGAAAUGCCUUAUGUCUGCCAGGUGUGCAAUUACAGGUCGUCUUUCUUCUCGGAUGUUGAAUCGCAUUUUCGAACUGCCCAUGUAAACACAAAAGACCUGCUCUGUCCCUUCUGUCUCAAAAUAGCUCGAUCGAGUCAUGUUUACAUGCAGCACUACAUGAAACAUCAGAAAAAAGGGAUCUAUCGAUGUGGAAAAUGCAGGCUUAAUUUCCUCACAUACAAGGAAAAGGUCGACCACAGAGCUCAUGGCCACAAAACUUACAGGAGGCCAGAAGCCCUGGAGGGUCUUCCUCCUGGCACAAAGGUGACGAUUCGAGCGUCUCUCACAGGAACUUCAUCCUCAACGCCACUCCCCUCUGAUCGAGCGGCUAUAACCGUCUUUUCAGAAGCUUUGAAUGUGUCCCAGUUCAAACCUCCCGUCAGCUUGCUCAAGGCUAAAAUAAAUGAGCCCAAAGAAGGAAAGCGCAAGGCCGUGCAGAGCAAGACCAAGAAGGAGGAUCGUCGGAUUUCCCAGAACAACCUAUCACUCAAGGAUCUCAGUGUUGGAAAAGAUCACUACACGUGCAUCGAGUGUAACGCUGAUGUCGAUGACUUCUUUUUGCAUUUUCCAAUCUUCUCACAUUGUGGUGCGUGCAGCUAUCGGACGAGCUGCAAAGUGUCUAUUGGGAAUCACAUGAUAAAAUAUCACAGCACCAUCAGCAAAAACAGAUACAACAAAAAGGAUCACAAAAAGAAUGUAACGGUUGCAGGAUUUAAACUAACCCUGAUCUGUGUGAACUGUGAGCUCCUUGUUGAUGCAUCUAGUGGGGAUCUAAUGACCAAACAUCUGACUGAUAAUCCUGAUCACGUAUGUAAAAUCGUGCAGGAAAAAGGGGUCGUUGAGAGCCGGUCAAGGUUGAGCUCACAGCAGCCGUUGGUUGAAAAACUAAAGGAAUCAGACUUGAAACCAGCUUUUGCUGAUGUUGGACCCACAGACGAUCACAAAAAGGAUUCAGAAGAAACGAGCAGCCAGAAUGAGAGCAAGUCAGAGAUGUCAUCACUGCCGAAUGUGUCAUCUUCAAUUUCAUCAGACUUGGGUCUUAAUCUCUGAAGAAUCUGCUCUUCACAGAUCAGCUGCUCGUAGGUUAAAGAACUGCAGAAAAACACAUGAGUGGAACUGCACAAGUGACUCACUAAAAAUCAGCACUAAAGAUCUUACUAACAUCAAUCUUUUAUGAUGCUUUGACUGUCAGUCAUGUUAUCACAUCAGGACAUAAUAAACUAUCAACGCUUUUGUUAUUUUUCUGUCCAACUACUUUUGUUUUAUUGGUUUGUUGUUUUUUUUUUAUCACUUUUUCAAAUAAACGGAGUUCUCUUGUUUUGUGUACACUGCACUUUUGCUCAUUUCCAACUUCUGAUCAAAGCAUUAUUAGAUUUUUCAUAUUUCAAAGAUUGUUCAAAUACUUGCAGUUGCAUUAAAAAUUAGGGACCCAAAUAGAAAAGUCAUUUAAGAGUAGUUUUUGUUUAUGUUCACCAGUUCUAACACCAACAUUUGAGUUUGUUAGAACUUUUUUUUCUAAAGAGAAGAAAGAAAAUGUCAAAUCCAUGCCAAGCUGAACAUUUUAAAGUCAUCCUAAUUAAGGUGUUGUAGAUUAGUUUUUAAGUGCUCAUCAGUUACUGUAUUCUCUUUAGUUGUUAGCUUUUACGUCAUGGUGUAUUUUUGAAUGUGAUAUAGAACGUUUCUCAUGAAUCUGAGGUGACAAUAAUAAACACUCGCAAAAGAA